AGCGCGGCAGUUCCCGUGAAUCGGCACAGUAUCGAUGCUGCGUCCGAUGUGUGCUUGUGUUUCGUCGGACCUAUUACGCCCGGAUUCGGAAAUGGAUGGAUGGAAAAUGAAUAACAAUUUGUCCACAUUUACAAAGCAGCCAACAAGGACGAAGGCUCAAUUCGUCCAACGUCAGUAUGCAAAUAGAAUCCAAUCUCGCCGUAUAGUCAAUGGUACUAGAGUACAACGAAUGGCAGCCAGAAUGUUUGCCGGCCCCGUACCAUCAGGCCGUACAACGAAAAUAAAAAAGGAUAACACACGCCGCACUGACAAGGUAAUUGCUCCACGGUCUCUUCAAAAUUGUUACGUAGAACAAAACAAUAGAAAUGGUUCGGACCAAAACGGGCACAACAGGACAAAAAAGCCACAGAAAGGUGGCAUAAUCGCCGGAUCCUCAUCUAGUAGCAAUGAUGAGGUGAAGAACAUCACUGACACAUUACAAUCAUCACGUGACUCUCGUCUCCGCGUGCAGGCCAGAAUAAAUUAUGCAGAAACGAAACGUAAAAAUCCAAGCAAAAAUCAAAGAGCAACAAAUCAGAAAAUCAUCAAAGAUCAAACCAAAGCGCAAAAAAAGGAAUCAUUGACAAUCAGAGAAGAACAAGCGGAUCCGGUGGGCGUUAAUCAAAAUAGUGAAUGUGAUAGUCCCAUACGUGGAGUUUCGGCUAAAGCCCUUGUUCCUAGUAACUUACAAUUAACUGUACAGGAAGAGCAGGGUAGCAAGCUUGUAAUAAUGGGAAAACGUACGUUGUUGGAUGGCACAGUUGAAUAUCUUAGCCGCAAACGUUUAUAUUUUUAGUGAUUAUACGUAUAAUCACUUUGCAACUUGACUUCUAAAUUAUUUUAAUCAUGUUCUAUUCUGAUAUAAUGUUCUAUUACUUAUUAAUUAUUUACCACAGACGAAUUUGUGAAACAUGAACUAUGGUGCUGUGAUACCAAUUAAAACUUAAGCAUUGCUCAGCAAGCAUUGAAAAAGAAUCUUGCGUUCCUACUGUCGACAGUUAUUAUGAUCUCUUCGGCAGAUAUUAAAACAAAUUAUGAACUAUUCUAUUGAAUUGAAGUUUUUGAAUUCUAUUUUGUGUUAAAAUUGAAUGUUCUAUAACUAUUACUAUUAUUUACCAUUGUUUUGAAUAGAUGCUUUUUAUUUAUCACAGACGAAUUUACUAACAUGAAUUAUUGUCCCGUGAUUACAAAUACCACUAAAUAGUUAGAAUUAAGUUUGCGUUCCUAUUUUCGAAGUUUGUUUCAAUCUCUACAGAUAGAUAAAACAUACAUCUUUCUGCUUUAUAGUAGUUCUCAUAAAAUCAUAUCUAUUUAUAAACAUUUCCAAAUUGCUCAAAUCAUGGUACAAUCAAUCAUGGUAAUCAUGGUACAAACAGGCGCGUUAGUUAUAUCAUGGAAAUUCAUUCAACGGUUAAACGGCAAUCAUUGUAAUCGGGUUCCUUCAUUGAUUGCUAUCAGUAUUUCACUGUUUAAAACAGAGUAAAACGAAUCUUGCACAAAUGUUUCGCUAACACUUGCUACUUGCGUUCCUAUAUUCAUGAUCAAUCAAUCAUGGUAAUCAUGGUACAAACAGGCGCGUUAGUUAUAUCAUGGAAAUUCAUUCAACGAUUAAACGGCAAUCAUUGUAAUCGGUUUCCUUCAUUGAUUGCUGUCAGUAUUUUACUGUUUAAAACAGAGUAAAGCGAAUCUUACACAAAUGUUUCGCUAACACUUGCUACAAUAAAUACUUCUAAAAUGUAAAUGCGCUUUUCUCAGUACUUACGUGCAUUUCGCCGAGAAUUAUUCGAGAAUUAUUAUUCGUGAAUGUGUUGACUUUGACUUUGAC